AUGUCGUCGAACAAGUAUUCAUAUAACGCAGACGAAAACCCCAUCAAUGAUGAUGAUACUCCACCCACCCUUCUAGAUCAACGCAAGCUAUCUAUUGGCAGGGAACUAAUAUGUGCAUGUCUCUCUAACUCUGAAAUCGAAUUGUCCAAGUAUCUUCAAGAGAAUAGAUGGAACAUUGAACCCGACAUGAAAGAGGUCCUCGAAAUUGCCUUGAUGAUCUCUCUUAGAUUGAAACAUUUUAUAGCUGCCAAAGUUCUAAUUCGAUACAAAAGUCCCGAACGUUGGGCUUACAAACUCUUGCGAGAGUACGUAAAGCACGAAUAUUGGGUACAAGCUAUAGAGCUAUUAUCCACUGUAUCAACGUUAGAUGAAAUUCGAAAAUAUCUUUCAGGCAAAAGAUUCUAUAAGAUCCUCCAGGUCGCAACAACGAAGGGAUGUGGUUACACCCAACAUCAGAUUUGUUUCAUCCAAUCGUUUCUGGGAUGUAGUAAAAGAUUUGACUACCCUUAUUCUGAUGUUAAUAAGAAACAAAAGGAGGGAGGGGACCCAUUAACUCAAGCCAUACUUGCUGGUUCCGACGCAACAGUAGCGCUUUUGCUCCGCAAGGGCAUCACAGCUCAUGAUAAACAUAUUAUAGCGGCACAGGAAUGUAUUGAAUCUGCGAAAGAAAUCGAAUCAGCUGUCAACCCAGGUUUGCGCAAACGUAAAAGAGGCAAUGAGUCUCUCGAGCGUGCGAUAAAAAAGGUCUUACAAAGUUAUGACGAUAACUCUGAAACAGAAGUCAACUAA